AGGAGCAGAAGGGAGGGAAGCGUACGUUCUUCCUUCUGGACAUGGCAGGGUCACAAAGCGGAAGGCCCGGCGGGCAGCAGCGCCUGGGCUGCGGAGGAGAAGAAGUUCCGCCCUGUUUUGUGUCCGGACUCUGCAAAGGCGAUUUGGUUAUUUGGUGGCUGUGGAUCCUUCAACGGAGAAAGUCCGGGGAUGGAUGGAUAGGUGAAAUUGUGCGAGGAAGUAGAAAAAUGCCCAGACAAACAACAGUUGCUCUUACAACAGCAGCCCUGUUAGGCAUUGCAGCAGGAGGGCUGGUUUUUUGGAAAGUCUUCCAACGUCGGAAAAACAAGACCUGUGUUGUGCUCAAUCAAAGAGAAACUCUUAAGGAACAAGAAAAGGAAGACCUCUCAGAAGACAAUUUUCUUUCAUCCAUACCCUUUCCUACAACUCCCUGGGUUCAGAAGAUUCUCAAAGCAGAAGUGGUGAUAGUUUCUGAGGCAGAGAAAUGGAAAGAAGUGGAACCUUUACUGGAAAAGGAGCUUGAACACUGUCCAGUUCUUGGAAUUGACUGUGAGUGGGUGUCGGCAAAUGGAAAGAAGGCCAAACCUGUUUCUCUCUUGCAACUAGCUGCUGCCAAUGGUCUUUGUAUUCUUCUUCGUUUGACCCGUCUAACUGUUGAUGGGCAGGUUCUUCCAAAGAUGUUAGUUGACAUUCUGGCAAGUGGAAGCAUCCUAAAAGUUGGUGUAGGGUGUUGGGAAGAUGCCUGCAAGUUACUACAUGACUAUGGUGUAGUAGUCAAAGGAACUUUGGACCUUCGGUAUCUAGCUAUGAGACAAAGAAAGGCCCUUCCCCAAAAUGGACUCAGCCUCAAAUCUCUUGCUGAGAGGAUCCUCAACUAUUCACUUGACAAGUCAUUUCAUCUCUGCUGCAGCAAUUGGGAGGUAGAAGAACUGACUCAAGAACAGAUUGCUUAUGCUGCCAGGGAUGCCCAGGUAUCAGUAGCUCUGUUUCUCUAUCUACUGGGAUUGCCCUGCCUCCUUCCUGCAGUAAGCAGUGAGUAUGCUGGUCCUCAUUGGGAAAAGGCCCUGAAGAAGUGUCAGGGCUUGGUGGAUGUACCCUUCAAAGGAAGAAACAGUGGUAGCCUUGGAGAGGAUGAAAACAGAGGAGACUCAGAGCAAAAACGAAAGACUCCCAAAUCACAAACUAAUGUACAGUCCCCAGUCAACCAACAAACAAAGGACCCUCGGAAGCACAAACGAAAGCCCCUGGGAGUAGGAUAUUCGGCUAGGAAGUCUCCCUUAUAUGACAACUGUUUCUUGCAUGCACCAGAUGGACAGCCUCUGUGCACAUGCGAUCGCAAGAAAGCCCAGUGGUACCUUGAUAAGGGCAUUGGAGAGUUGGUGAGCAUGGACCCAUUUAUUGUGAGGUUGCAGUUUGAACCUUCUGGACGUCCUGAAUCAAAAGUGGAUUAUUACUUGACAGUCAAACAGAACCUGUGUGUUGUGUGUGGAAAAACAAAAUCUUACAUUCGAAAGAACAUAGUGCCUCAUGAAUAUCGGAAGCACUUCCCACUCCAGAUGAAAGACCACAGUUCCCAUGAUGUGCUCCUCCUUUGUACCGCCUGUCAUGCUAUCUCCAAUUACUAUGAUAACCAUCUCAAGCAGCAGCUAGCGGAGGAGUUUGGUGCCCCCAUUGGUUGUGAAGAAGGGGUCCGCCUCCUUGAAGAUCCCAUCCGCAGGCAGGUCCGUUCUGCUGCCAGGGCGCUUUUGAAUGUGGACAGUCUGCCUAGUGCCAGGAAAGAGGAAUUGUUACAGGUGAUCAGGGAUUACUUUGGUUCUGCAACUGUUUCCCCAGAAAUACUGCAGGAAGCAGCUGGGCUGGAAACCAGGAUUUUUAAUGAGAGCUAUAUGCCACAUGGCCUGAAAGUUGUACACUGUUUCGCCAGAGGGGGCCUGUGCUCCCUCAUGCAGCUGGAGAGGCGUUGGCGCCAACACUUCUUGGAUGUUAUGCAGCCCAGAUAUCUUCCAGAGCAGUGGUCUGUUGAUCACAAUCAUGAUAAGUUGAUCCGAAAGUAUGGGGAGGAUUUCCAGGUUGAACUCUGCUGAAGAUUUGCCCUUCCAGAUGAUUAAUGAUUAGACUGACAGGGUGAUGAACAUGGAAAAGAUAACUGAGGAAUGUACUUCUUCUUUGGACUCCCAUUUUGGGUGGGCAAAAUCCGGCUCAAGAAACCCUGUUGCUUUGGAACCUGAUAUCAAUAUUAAUUGGCAAUACUCUUGUAGGGUUGAAAUGUUUUAUCUUUUAAAUGAACUUUUAAUUAUAACUUGAAUAGA